CAAGUGUCGGUGUGUGCCUGUAGUUUCUCCAUGAGCAUCCGCCCAUUCCCAUCCAAGUUGAGCCUGAUGCUCAAAUCACCUUGCCUUCGUCGAACCGUUGCGCCUCAAUCGAAUGAGUCUUCUCGGUUUUUAUUUCAUUUCCGUUUGGGUUUGUGUGAGGGAGUGGAAUUGUUUGAAGUUGGGACCGCAGAUCCAAGGGGGCCAGAGCUGUAGUGUGCAUCCGUUGAGCCUGAGAGAUCGGAAAUUCAUCCUAUGACUGGGGGGAAACGGCUGAUUAAGUUUUAUUGCUUUCCUCCGCGGAUCACCAACACGCUCAACACACAUGGUAUGUACUUACAUAAAUCUGGUGCCAUAAAAAUAAUAACUGAUUUAGAAGCGAUCUUGCUCGAUGUCGCGACGCUGGUAUCAUUGGCGUCUACUCUCAAAGAACUCCUUCAGCUCGUCUGCAUACUCACUGAAUAUCGGAUCAAGUCUAGAGCGGCGAACCAUAAACAGUUCAAGAGGCGGGGCAAUUUUUAUUGCCGCUGUCUCGAACGGACCGCCGCGGAAGCUAUGAUGCGAAAGCUGAUGGGAAAAAUAGACUUGUACGGCUCGCGAGCUUUUUCUACGUGUAUUUGGUGCUCAGAAUUUGCGCAUUUGCGAUACUUCAGUUUUCCCGAAUCAGAUCGUGGCUACAGCAACGAUCACUGCAACGGCAGAGUGACCGGCAGAUUCAAUCUUGGAAUGAAUCGGCAGAGUAGGAUAAGCUGGACUUAGCACAGGCCCCCUUAACUGGUGACAUAGGAAUUUUCAGAAUAUUUAUUUGUUUCCAGCGUGUAACGUGUAA